CAAAGGGGAGAAAGGGGAGAAAUGUUCCGUUUACGUCCGGCUCGCGCCUGUUACGUCUUACGUCCUCACAGGAAGUUGCAUAAAUACCGUAAUACUGUUGUAAGACGACUGGUCCGACGAUCAUGAUGUAGCCCAUGGGUUUGUGAUGCUAUUUAACGCACCGUCGUUGUAUUUGACUUAGCUAAACAUAUGUUUCCACUUUAUCAACGCAGAACAUUUCGCCAUAAAACGCAAUGUUUUGUCAACACAUACAUCUACAGGAUUUGUUUUGAGUUCAAAAUUUCAUGCAUUAACGCGAGGUUUUACGGUAAAAGGAGGCGGGACUAAUGUAGAACAAGGAAGUGUACGACGGCGCUAUAUGUUUACACAUGUUUGCGCGUUCACGUGGUGCUUUUCUCUAUUAAAAUGUCUUCGAAGAAAAGUAAAAGUAAAUCUAAAAAAGUGAGUGAAGGGGACAGUUCGCUUGUACUAAAGGAUGGCUCCAUUGACUCCUCAAGUCUGCAAACAACGGGCCAAGACGAAGGAAGCUCCAAGAGCUCAAACUGCAACUCAUUCAAUGUCAUCGAUUUCAUUGAUAAAGCUGAUGACAAAACACCUAAAAGUUGCCGAUUAACUUUAGCCCAACUGAGCCUCAAUUCUAUGAAGUCAGUUGGUGCGUGCAUCGGGAGACCAGUUCUGCUCACAAGUCGAACAGGACAGCAGGAGGUGUGUUUGGGUUGGCCCGUCGCCUCCUUUCCUGGUGGAAAGAUUGGCCUUCAGAAAUGUGCCCAGAACAACCUGAGAGUGAAGACAGGAGAAGAGGUGAUGCUGCACCCCAUCACCGGCCCCGUGCUCCAGGCUGUGGAGGUGGUUUUAUCCAGCAGGUCAGUAGACAACACACUGCAGACUGAGGAGUUCAAGAAUUACUUCCUGAGGUCUUUUGUUGGGAAUAUCAUUCUGCCAACAAAUGUCCUCUCGCUGACCUACUUUGGCCGGUCAUGCAGCCUUAGGGUUGAGAGCAUAAGUGGGGAGGAUGGCAUCACCCUUGAGAGACCAGCUCCUCCCCCCGGACUGGGUCCUGACACAGAAGAGUCAUCUGUGAUGAACUCUGUACUGGACUCCACAUCAGCCGACCUCUCACUACAGCUCAGCUUGCUCGCUGUGAAUGACACCAGCGUCGAUGGGUCACCAGGCACCCCUGGAGAUUCAGGUCCUGCAGCUAGCACUCCACGUCGACCAGUCCCCCUCACCUCCCUCCUAUCACCCUCUGCUCCAUGCACUCCUUCUAGCAUCACUCAGAAUUCUCCUCCAGGGUCAGUAGAGGAUGCUGUCAGUCUGGAGAGCGCAGUCAGCUCAGGGCGGACAGGAAAAGACCUGACAGUGCCACCGGCCGGUUUACUGAGUAGUGGUACCUUCUACUGCCUGUCCAGCUCUACUAAAGUUAGUUUCAGAGACAGAGCGCGGCAGAAAGAUUCGGAUUCUGAAGCUAAAGUUCCAAAGGUCACAUACGGCAUGAUUGGUGGGCUCAGCAGCCAGUUGGAUGUUAUCAGGGAGACUAUUGAGCUUCCUCUGAAACACCCUGAGCUGUUCUCCACCUAUGGGAUCCAACCCCCCCGAGGAGUGCUUCUGUACGGGCCCCCGGGCACAGGGAAGACCAUGAUUGGACGAGCCAUCGCCAACGAGGUCGGGGCUCACAUGGUCGUGAUCAACGGCCCAGAGAUCAUGAGCAAGUUCUAUGGUGAAACUGAAGCUCGGUUGAGACAGGUAUUCACUGAAGCUGCUCAGAGGAAACCUGCUAUAGUUUUCAUUGAUGAGUUGGAUGCGCUGUGCCCUAAACGAGAAUCUGCUCAGAACGAGGUGGAGAAACGAGUUGUGGCCUCUCUGUUGACCCUGAUGGACGGGAUUGGCUCAGAGGGUCAUUCGGGUCAGCUGUUGGUUCUGGGAGCCACAAACCGGCCCCACGCCCUCGACCCGGCCCUUCGGCGGCCGGGACGCUUUGACAAGGAGCUGGAGGUGGGCGUCCCCAGUGCAUCGGGCCGGGCCGACAUCUUGCUGAAGCAGCUGAGUUCGGUGCCGUGCAGCGCCAGCGCCGACGAGCUGACGCAGCUGGCGGACGCCGCUCACGGAUACGUGGGCGCCGACCUGGCAGCCAUUUGCAAAGAAGCAGGCUUGCACGCACUGAGGCGAGCUCUGUCGGCGUCCCCCCAGGCAUCGGACCGGCAGCUGAUGGGCUCAGUGACGGUGACUCUGCAGGACCUCCAAUGGGCCCUGACUGUAGUUAAGCCCAGCGCCAUGAGGGAAGUCGCUAUCGAUGUCCCAAAGGUUCGCUGGUCAGAUGUAGGAGGGAUGGAGGAGGUGAAGUUGAAGCUGAAGCAGGCCGUAGAGUGGCCUCUGACGCACCCCGAGGCCUUCACCCGCAUGGGCAUCCAGCCGCCUAAAGGAGUUCUGCUCUAUGGGCCCCCGGGCUGCUCCAAGACCAUGAUAGCCAAGGCCCUGGCCAACGAGAGCGGCCUCAACUUUCUGGCUGUUAAAGGGCCAGAGUUACUGAGCAAGUACGUUGGGGAGUCAGAACGAGCAGUGAGAGCGGUGUUUCGGAAGGCGAGGGCCGUCGCUCCCUCCAUCGUCUUCUUUGAUGAGAUCGACGCUCUCGCCGGCAGCAGAGGAAGCUCCUCCAGCUCCGGCGGCGUGGGCGACCGUGUGCUGGCUCAGCUCCUGACAGAGAUGGACGGCAUCGAGCAGCUCCGAGACGUCACCGUGCUGGCCGCCACCAACAGGCCCGACAUGAUCGAUAAGGUAGACACACGCUGCCUCGCUGUCUUUAUCUCCGCUUCCUCCUCUUUGGUGUGUGAUUGAUAAGGUGGUUGAGAUGUUUGGUGUGUGUGUGUUUGGUCUCCUCCUCCUCUGUUUCACAUGAUUGAAGAUUAAAGGUCUGUUAUGCUCGUCUCUCUCCCGUCUGUGUGGAGGUGGUUGCUUUGGUGAAGUUGAACCUAUACAGAGUUUUACGCCUUUGUUGUGCUUUUAGGUGCAUUUGAAUUGUAGAGCAUCAUCAGAUUUGUAGUAUAAACUUUGCUGGAAGCUCAACCAACUUCAUGUUUCUUGUCUUCGCUGCCUCCGUCCUGGCUCCGUGUUCUAUUUUUCUACCCUUUUAUCUCUUCCUCUUUCCAUCCACUAGAGCUGUGUUUGGUCUUAUCCACCCCAUCAGCGCCCUAAUGAAAUUUCCUGAGUGCUGAUCAAAGAUGGAGUCUGUGUCUUGUCAGAAAGGGCACAGGACAGGGAAAUGUCGCAGCCCCCGUUCAGCUUCUGCUCAGACGACCGUCUCUCUGUCUCCCUUCUUCUGAGCAGCGUAAAAUAAUUCACAUGCAUUAACAUCACAAACUAACCACUGAUGAACGGCACAAUGAUCAUGUAUCUUAACACAAGCGCACAGAACACAUCUGUUGUUGUUGAAUAUGAGCUACUGACUGUUUGGUUCCAUCAGUAUUUGAGGAUCUGUCAUGGAGAAAUUCUCCACAUAGAACUCUAGCACUCGGCCCCCACCCAUUUCUAGGCCGCCUGUGGAGAUUUGAUCCAUUGCUGCGGUGGGGGAGUGACAGCAACUUCUUCCACCUAUGCAACUGGUUGCCAUCUCAUUUCAAACCCCAUUAGUGGAAGAAAGGCUAAGGAGCAGUGUGAGGGUGGCUCUGCAUGCUUGUGUAUCUGAGAGCAGAGGGAAGGAUGCACAGUAAGUGGGGGGUCAAGCCCCCGAGCAGACAGAUGGGGAAACCCCAGGCGUCCGUCCACAAGUUGGUCUC